CCCCAAGCCAUUCAUAAAAUGUAAACCACGCCCCCAAGCUCUGACACUCGGCCCCGCCCCCUUCGCUCUAAGUCCUCCUCCCGCACGCCUUCCUGUACCAGCUGUUGGGAUGUAUCCCUUCUUGGAGAGGAAUGGAGGAAGACCUUGAGCAGUCGUCCCACGGCUGGUUGGGAGGCUGGCUCCCUGCUUGGCGUCCCACCUCCAUGUCUCACCUCAAGAAUGUGGAAGCUCGGAUCUUGCAGUGCCUCCAGAACCGAUUUGUGGCUCGGUACAUCUCCCUCCCCAACCAUAGCAAGAUCUGGACUGUAUCGUUGUCCCCAGACCGGGGCAAGGGGCGCACCCCCCUGGUGAUGGUGCACGGCUUCGGUGGGGGCGUGGGGCUCUGGAUCCUCAACCUGGAUUCCCUGAGCACCCAUCGCCCCCUCCAUGCCUUUGACCUCCUCGGCUUCGGACGUAGCUCCCGACCCCCCUUCCCCCACGAAGCCCAGGGGGCAGAGGAGGAGUUUGUGAGCUCCAUCGAGGCCUGGCGCCGGGAGAUGGGUAUUCCCAGCAUGAUCCUGCUCGGCCACAGUCUUGGGGGCUUCCUGGCAACUUCCUACAGCUUGCAGUACCCAGAGAGGGUGAAACAUCUGAUCCUCGUGGACCCCUGGGGUUUCCCAGUGCGGCCAACGGACCGGAAUCAGGUGCGCAGCGCCCCUGCUUGGGUCAAGGCCGUGGCAACAGUGCUGGGACGGUCCAACCCUCUGGCCGUGCUGCGAGCUGCUGGACCGUGGGGCCCUGGGUUGGUGCAGCGCUUCCGUCCAGACUUUAAGCAGAAGUUUGCAGAUUUCUUCGAUGACGAAACCAUCUCCGAGUACAUCUACCACUGCAACGCCCAAACACCCAGUGGCGAGGCAGGGUUCAAGGCGAUGAUGGAGGCGUUUGGGUGGGCCCGGCGGCCCAUGCUGGAGCGCAUCCACCUGGUGCGGCGUGACUUGCCCAUCACCCUCAUCUACGGUGCCAACUCCUGGAUCGACUCCAGCACCGGGGAGAAGGUCAAGCACCUGCGGCCGGGGAGCUAUGUCUGCGACAUGGCUAUCCCUGGCGCCUCCCACCACGUCUACGCCGACCAGCCCCACGCCUUUAACAUCGCUGUGGAAGAGAUCUGUGACUCUGUUGACUGACGGCGCAGGAGGUGGAAGAGGAAAGAAGCUCAUCUGGUGCCAGCUCCCCGCCCAGUCACUGGGACGUGCCCGAGACCCCCCUCCCUUUCAUACACCCCAAGGAGCAGCAACUUCAGCUCCUCGUGAGCUGGCUGCAAGUUGGUCUUGGAAGACGUCUGUCCCGUCCCCCUUCCUUCACUUGUCCACGAACCUUCACUCUACCCUUAAAGGUUGCAGGCCGCCUGCUUUGGGUUAAUCAAAGUUCCAACUUUAUUUUUUAGUACCUUGUGGAACCUGAAGUACUUAAGAGCUCCUCCUAAAAUUAGUGCCUCUCUCCUAGUCCAAAGUCUUUCCUCUCCAUACGCAGUAUUUCUGUGCCAGAAAGCUAUCCACCGUCUCCACUGCUGCCUUGACCUAGUGAUAGUAACCCUGGAUCGGGAGCAACUCUGAGUCCAUGCGAACAGACUUAAGGUUGAUCUUCAUCCCCAUAGGAGGUGAUACUUUUGAUCCAACUGGCCAAGCCUACCUGGCUUAUGAAGCUGGAGGAGAAACCGUGGUUUGUCCUUCUGGCUGACGCCAUCUUCAAUUGCACCUUAGUCCGUGAGGCCGCCUAGAUUUGAAGGCAAAUGGAAUGCUGGGCCUUUUCUUCCCCUCUAAGAGAGUUCUACUACACAUUCAGUGAUUGGCGGAGGGAGUGAGAUACGCAAUGCCUGACCACCAAUGGGAGACUGUUGACUUUUUCUCAGUACGUGACUUGGGUGUGUAGAAGAGAGCCUAGUAUUCGAGUCCAGCACUUUAGAGACCAAAGGGUCAAAGCUCCCUUCAACCGCUGACUGCUCUUAUGACGUGCAAAGACGACGGCUGUAAAGUUGGGAUGCAAGCAAGUCGUUGGGAUGGGGUGGAGUGGGAACAAAAAGGGAAUCGUGACCUCAGUGGUCCGGAGGCCAGCCACUUCUUCCUCGAGCUUUAGUGAGGAAUCUUACUACAACACAGGAAAGGAUCAGGGAUGCUUCUGUAAGAGGCGGGCUGCUUGAGGUCUAAGGGAGGAGGCGGUCUGAGAGGAGCUUUGAUGACAGUGUCACACAAAGAGCUGCCUGCGCUUCUAGGCUGCAGUCAUCUCUGUGGUCUGAUGAUUCUAGAGAGCGGUCACUUGUCCACGCCUUUAACGCCGCUGUGGAAGAGAUCUGUGACUCCGUUGACUGGCGGCGCAGGGGGUGGAAGAGGAAAGAAGCUCUAGGCUUAGGGUUGCCAAGUGUAACUUACCUCCGCAGCGGGGGAC